ACAGGCCUGGUGGGCCGCUAAAGCCUAGAAGACUGGCCAAUGCCCACUUUGCCCUUCAUCAGGUAGUUCAUGUGCUCUUCAGUCUCUGAUCUCACUCCACCUUGCUUUUAUUGCAGCUCCAGUGCCUCAUGUUAUAGCAGAAAGGAGAGUCAACCCUGUGAAGAUGCUGGUGAUCUUCUGUGUUCUCCUACUGUCCAGCCUCAUAUUCUUUUCUGUUUACUAUUUCAUUAAAUUAAAUCACAAGGAGCAAGAGUUGGAGGAGUUAAGAAAUGCAAUUUACAACUUGACCAGUAACUGCAGUGAUCUGUUGGAGGCCCAAACUACCUCACAGUCCCAAUGUGAAAGAAACAACAGUAAUCUGCAAGAAAUACUCGAUAACGUAAAGUCUGAAAGUGAAAGAAACUACACUGAACUACAGAAAAGACUAGAUGACCUUAGCUUAAACUACAGUGAAUUCCAGAAGACUCAUGAUAUGCUAAAGUCUGAAUACGCCACAAACUACAGUAAUCUGCAAGAAAGACUCGAUAACGUAAGUUCUGAAUGUGACACAAACUACAGUGAUCUUCAAGAAAGUCGAGAUACCCUGCAGUCUCAGUACGUAACUCUGAAUGAGAAACAUGAUGAAGUGUCUAAGGAGUUCAGUGGUCUGAAUGAAUUCUACUGUGAUGUUACAAACACGUCUCCCGGUGAGUGCUUUGCUGCAGGGUUAGCAGACUGGGGGCUCCUUGAUCAUCUAAUCCUUAAUUUUUCAUUUGCUCUUUUUUUUCAUUUUCCACAGAAAACAUUUGCUCUGUAUGUAAAAUGGGCUGGGUCCUCCUCGGUUCCAGCUGUUACUACUUCUCCCCUAAUAUGAUGACCUGGAAUUACAGCCAUGAAUGGUGCCUGACAAGGGGUGCACAACUAACAAUUCUAGAAAGUUUAGAGGAGUGGGUAUGUCAUUUACACAGGUGGAUUUAAAAUGACUGUCUUGAUAAACUGUAUACUGUAAGUUAAA